UUGGUGGGAAAUAAUGUGCAAACAUAGACUAAAAUCACCUUGUACCUUUUCUGGCAGCUUCCCCACUAUAUUUACCUAACACCACCUCCUCUCUCUCAAAUUCUUGAAGAUUUUUAGUAUUUUUCCGUUCCCAAUUUUUGACAGGUACAAUAUUUUCACAGAAAACUACUUGUAUAUGAAUAUGGGAGAAUUAGAGGAGUCGAAAAGAGUUAAACCAGAAGAAUUUCCAGCUACAAAAGAAGCCCAUAUUGAAAUAAAAGCUCCAAAUCAUGUAUCAUUUCGGAAGACAGUUGUUACAAUUCCAGAUGAGAAAAUCACUCCCCCUAAGCCCCUUCCAGUAGCUCAAAAGGCUGCAGAUCAUGGGAUUGAAAAGAGUGUGGGAGAUGUCAAGGAUAGAGCAGAUGCUGCUCUUGCACGAGUUGAAUUGGAGAAAAGACUGGCUCUGAUCAAAGCAUGGGAAGACAGUGAGAAAACAAAAGCAGACAACAAGGCCUAUAAAAAGAUGUCUUCCGUAGAAUCUUGGGAGAAUACGAAGAAAGCAUCUGUUGAGGCACAAAUAAAGCAAAUUGAGGAAGAAUUUGAAAAGAAGAAAGCAGAAUACCGCGAAAAGAUGAAGAACAAAAUUGCUGAAAUUCACAAAGCAGCUGAAGAAAAAAGGGCAAUGAUUGAAGCCAAAAAAAAGGAAGAUUUUCUCAAGGUGGAAGAGACUGCUGCAAAGUUUCGUUCAACUAACACCACACCAAAUAAGUUGCUAAUUGGAUGCUUUAAUUAAUCAGCUGCUGCUUUUUCUUAUUUUGAGAUGAACCAAGUCAGCAAAAGUACUUAAGCUUCUGUUUUUCGUGCGUCUUAUCGUCUUAUAAUUUAAUUACAGGUUCUUUUAAUGUUGUCACUUGAACGGUGUUCUCAUAGUGCAUAUAUUGGAACAUUUGGACAAUCCUACAGUUAUUGUAAUACGUACUUUAUUG